UUGCACCUCAAACUUGGCUAUUUUUUGUGAACCAAAAUAGUGAAUGUGGAGAACCAGAGACACUCUAUCUAUCCCCAACGCUAGUAUUUUAAAUUUGGAAAACAAAACGAUCAUAACUGUGAGAUGAGAAAAUUCCAUGGCUAGUCUUCACUCUUGUUCCUUUUCUUCACUUCACAGCUUACCCUCUGUAACUGUAAAGUACUCUCGAGCGCAGCCAAGGAUUUUGCGAUUCAAUUGCCGAUCCAGUAGUGAUGAUAAGGAGGAUUAUUUGCUGGAUGCUCCUGUUUCAAUUGGGGACGGCUUUUCUUUUAGCGGAGGGAAGUAUUCAGAUGAGCCAAGUCCGGCUGAUGAAUGGUUCAACAAAGGAAAAUUUGUGAAAGCUUAUCCGGUUUCUGGGACUGGGGAGAAAGCAAAGGAUCCCAUUUUUGGACUUACAAUGGGUGGGAGUUCGCAGGCGUCAUCUGAUCUUUUCAGAUGGUUUUGUGUAGAAAGUGGAAGCUCUAACAAUUCUCCCAUUCUAUUAAUCCACGGCUUACCAUCACAGGCAUACUCUUAUCGCAAAGUUCUUCCCAUUCUUGAGAACAACUAUCAUGCUAUAGCACUUGAUUGGCUGGGAUUUGGAUUCUCAGAUAAGCCCCAACCAAAAUAUGGAUUUGACUAUACAUUGGAUGAAUAUGUGGCAUCCUUGGAAUCUGUGAUCAAUGCUCUUACUGACAAAAAGGUUACUCUUGUAGUGCAGGGGUAUUUCUCACCAAUUGCAAUCAAAUAUGCUAGCAAUCACCAGGAAAAGUUGAACGGCCUGAUACUUCUAAAUCCGCCACUUACUAUAAAUCAUGCCAAACUGCCGUCAAGCUUAUCUGUUCUGAGCAACUUCUUGUUGGGGGAAAUUUUUUGUCAGGACCCUCUUAGAGCCAGUGAUAAAACAUUGCUGAGUUGUGGUCCUUACCAAAUAAAAGAAGAUGUGGCAAUGGUUUACAGAAGACCUUAUCUCACAUCUGGUUCUGCAGGGUUUGCAUUAAAUGCGAUAAGCAAGGCAAUGAAAAAACAACUUAAGGGCUAUGUUGAGGACACAAGAGCAAUACUUAUGGACAAUAACUGGUCAGUCCAGACAACAGUCUGCUGGGGACAAAGAGACCGCUGGUUAAACUUUGAUGGUGUAGAAGAUUUCUGCAAGGAAUCAAAGCAUCGACUAGUUGAACUUCCUAUGUCAGGACAUCACGUUCAGGAGGAUAGUGGUGAAGAAUUAGGUCAACUCAUUGCUGGAAUUGUUGGAAAGAGAAGCAGUUUGUGAUUGUUAUAAGAUCUAAUCUAUGAAUUAAAUGGGUAGUCCAUCUGUUGAUAUAUAUAUGCAUACACAUUAGUGUGUUUUGCUAAUUGUACAACAUGAUAUAUAUCUAAUAUUGUAAUGCUGC